CACUAUAUAUCUAACAAAACCCAAUUUGUUUUGUCGGCGUAAGGAAAAGGAUUUGGGAAUUCUUAUCAAUAUUCAUUCUCUGUUUUGCAAAUAUCUCAGCUGAGAAUUGAAGCAUUAGAGAUGGCAGCAGCAUCAAAGUCAGAACUGAGGAAACCAAUAUUUACAAAAGUGGAUCAGCUACGUCCAGGCACUUCUGGUCACACAUUAACUGUGAAGGUGAUAAGUUCAAGCAUGGUUUUGAACAAGGGAAAACCAGAGGGACCUCACAUGAGAAUUGCCGAAUGCCUGGUAGGAGAUGAUACUGGGGUUAUUAUUUUUACUGCCAGGAAUGAGCAAGUUGAUUUAAUGAAGCCUGGAAGUACUGUAAUUCUACGCAAUGCAAAAAUAGACAUGUUCAAGACCUCCAUGAGAUUGGCAGUUGACAAAUGGGGGAGGGUUGAACUCACUCAACCAGAAGAUGAUGAGUUUCAAGUAAAACAUGACAACAACCUCUCACUCGUUGAGUAUGAGUUAGUGAAAGCCACUGAGAAUUGACUUGGCAUAUACUGAAUUGAAUCAACAGACUCAAUGUCAUGACUUUAUUGGAACUAAAUUUUGGUUUUUUUAAAACUUUAAAAAAUUUGAGUU